GCGGCGGAAGCGGCGGCGGCGGCGGGGUGGGUCGGCAUGGAGCCCGGGGAGGGCCCGGGGCCGCUGGGCCUGCACGGCGACGAGGAGAUCAUCGAGGUGGUGGAGCUGGGCCCGCUCGGGCCGGAUGACCUGGCCGAGGAGAUGGAGGACGUGGACUUUGAGGAUGAAGGGGCAGAAGAGCCGGAUGCCGAGGCUUGGGACUCGGAGGAUGACGAGGGGCUGGAGGACGGCAUGGAGGCACAGGACGACAGUGAGGUCACGUUCUCCCUCCACUCGGCUUCUGUCUUCUGUGUGAGCCUUGACCCCAAGACCAACACGCUGGCAGUGACAGGUGGGGAGGACGACAAGGCUUUCGUGUGGCGUGUGAGCGAUGGGGAGCUCCUGUUUGAGUGCUCAGGACACAAGGACUCGGUCACCUSUGCUGGCUUCAGUYACGACUCUGUGUUCGUGGCCACGGGUGACAUGUCUGGGCUUAUCAAAGUGUGGCGGGUGGAUGCCAAGGAGGAAGUGUGGUCCUUUGAGGUGGGGGACUUGGAGUGGAUGGAGUGGCACCCUCAAGCCCACGUACUUCUGGCAGGCACGGCUGAUGGCAACACCUGGAUGUGGAAGAUCCCCAGCGGGGACUGCAAAACUUUUCAGGGUCCAGCAUGCCCAGCCACAUGUGGCAGGAUCCUGCCUGAUGGGAAGCGAGCAGUGGUGGGAUAUGAGGACGGGACCAUGCGCAUCUGGGACCUAAAACAGGGAACCUCGCUGCAUGUCCUGAAAGGCCAGGAUGGCCAUCAGGACCCCUUGACGUGUGUGGCCAGCAACCAGGAUGGCAGUUUGAUCAUGACGGGCUCUGUGGACUGUCAUGCCAAGCUGGUCAACUCUGCCACGGGCAAGGUGGUGUGCGUGUUCAAGAUGGAGAGUGUGACCCCCAAGGCACCCAUCGGUGAGGGCGAGGAGGCAGAGUCCAACUCGGUGGAAUCACUGGGCUUCUGUAAUGUGAUGCCACUGGCUGCCGUGGGCUACCUGGACGGCACACUGGCUAUUUACGACCUCUCCACACAAAGCCUGAGACAUAAGUGCCAACACGAGUCAGGGAUUGUGCAGCUGCUGUGGGAGGAGAGCUCGGCCGUGGUGUACACCUGCAGCCUGGACGGGGCAGUGCGGCUCUGGGAUGCCCGCUCAGGGAAGAUGAUCAGCGAGUACCGAGGGCACUCUGCUGAAAUUCUCGACUUUGCUGUCAACAAGGAUGCCUCCAUUGUGGUGACCACCUCUGGCGACCACCAAGCCAAAGUGUUCUGCGUCCAGCGCCCCGAUCGCUAGAACAGUGUCAAGGGAUGAUGCCCCGGCGUUGCCCUGCGCCUUGUCUACAGAGGGAUGAGGAAUAUGGUUUCACCACCCUUCCUUCUCCAGUGCGUGCUUUGUAAUUUUCCAGCCUGCCCUGCUUUGCCCUCACCAGCUAAGGGCCAAGCCGGGGGUUUUGUAUGAAGAUGUCUUUUAAUUAUAUAAAUUAUUUCACUUAA